AUGAGCGCACCAGUGAACUCAGAUGUCACAUUGUUGACAGAGCACUUGACUUACCGACCAGCUGCAUUAAUUGACGAUAUAGUGAAUAGUAUAAAUAUUCUCGCCUUCCGCGCCACGGAAGCAGUCGAAAAAGGUCUCCUAGCAGCAGAUCCAGCGGAUAUAGGAUUUCGAAAAGCUCCCAAUGCACCCGACGCGUCGGAAGCGGAAUCAGAAAUCCGCGACAAAGCACAGCACGAAAUCGAGAAUGGCGUCCAUCAGCUCGAAACAUUGCUCGAAGCCAAAAUUGAUAAAAACUUCGAUAAGUUAGAAUUAUAUGCUCUGCGCAACAUAUUGAGUGUCCCUCCAGACGUGAGGGACUGGGUGCGAUUGAGCCAUUAUGAAGGGCUCAAUUUUGCUCCGGACGAAGAUGCGCCCGACGUCGAAAGUAUUGGUUUGCAGAGGCGCAAAUUAAGGGAGACGCAGAAGUUAAAUACAUUAUUAAUGACGGAGAAAUCCCAGAACGAGGCAACUAUAGCAAGUCUAAAGGCUUUGCUUUCGAUCUCAGGGGACAAGAUGGAGAAUGGAGACGAGGGAGAGAAGCCGUAUCCUGCUUUCGCGUUCCUCCAGGAUAAAGGAGAGCUUACUGGGGAUGCUCAGCGACCGGUCACAACAACUACCUCGUUUACGCUCAGCCAGUUGCCAGCGUUGAAGGCGAUCUUAGCGAAUUUGCAGCCACGAUUAGAGAAGCUCUCGACACCGCACCCGGCCAUCAACGGCGAAGCUGAGAAGAGUUGGCGAAGUGAAAGGGUAGAAUUUGUAGAAAAUGAAACUCGAAAGCACCUAGAGAAUGUAAGAGGGCUUGAGCUGGGUGAUAUGGGUGAGAUUCGGGAUGGCGACUGGCAGGGAGAAGGAAGAAAGAUUGGAAAGCAGGAGGUAGAGGAUUUGGAGGCGGUCGUUGGUAUGGUCAACGGCAAGCCUAAUGGCAAAGAUACAGAUGAGCAAACGUAA